CUGUACUAAUGAGCGGACAAAGGACCACAACAACUGAAAUGGGUAGCAAAGCACAUUUCGAUGGUUUUAAUGUCGUGAAUGUUGCUGAGUAGAGUGUAGGUGUGGGUGUAGGAAUGCCAAGAAUUUUACAGAGAGCUGAAGAAAUAUUUCCUGCUCUGAGAGAAAGCAUGAGCUAUACAAAUUCAGAGAAUGUUUUAGUGGGUCCAUAUAGUGAGAUAUACCCAGCGUGUCAUGAUGGAGAUCAGGCCAUGAGCGUAAGAGAUGAAGUUUCAGACACAGAAGAGAAACCAGAUCCUGUGCCAGUAGCAGUUCAGGAAAUAAAGGCCGAACCUGAGAACUAUGCAAAUUUAGAGAAGGUACUAGUGGGUCCACAUGGUGAAAUGUACGCAGCAUGGCAUCAUGCAAACGAGGCAAUGAAUGUUAAAAUUGAGGAAGUCUCAGAUGCAGCAGAAGAGGAUCCUCUGCGAAUAACAGUUCAGGAAAUGAAGGCUGAACCUGAGAGCUACACAAAUACAGAGAAAGUUUUAGUGAGUCCAUAUGGUGAGACAUACCCAGCAUGUUGUAAUGGAAAUCAGGACAUGAAUAUUAAAGUUGAAGAAGACUCGGACGCAGAAAAGGAAGCAGAUCCUGUCCCAGUAACAUUUCUAGAAGUGAAGGGUGAACCUGAGAGCUACACAAAUACAGAGAAAGUUUUAGUGAGUCCAUAUGGUGAGACAUACCUAGCAUGUUGCAAUGGAAAUCAGGACAUGAAUAUUAAAGCUGAAGAAGACUCAGACGCAGAAAAGGAAGCAGAUCCUCUCCCAGUAACAUUUCUAGAAGUGAAGGGUGAACCUGAGUUAAUCCACAUCUGUACAGUGCGUCAACUAAAGCUUCAUUUGUGGCAUUGGCACUGAACUGCGCAAGACAGCCAACUUACGGAAAACUGUAGUUUUGUUAAGAUGAAUUCUUCUCAGAGAAGAUCUCAUUAAUCAUAAUGAAUGAAAUUGAAGUAAUAUUUUUUUAAAAAAAUAAAUAACGAUUUUAUUUAUAUUUAAAUGUGAUUUACUACUUUUGAUAAGAAUGAUUUAAAUCCAGCUAUUUUUUUUUGCAGGUUCAAUUAAAUCCUCAAAAUUUGUAUCAUAAUAACAGACAUAAAUGGUAAAUCUAGCCAAAAUGAGAUAAAAUAAAUACAAAUACUCCCACAUUAA